UCUCCCUGCGCUAAGCCAAUCACGGACAGGCUAGCGACGCUCCGAAUUCGGAAUGGAUUUUAACUGUAGAACAAACCACACGUAUUCAAUCGUCAUUCCUGAAAACGACUCUGUAAGAUGUCUACUAAGAAGCAUCGAUCCAUGGGGUCUGAGGAGUGGGUGAGCCGCCUGAGGGCAUUUGCCUCUUCUGGCACUUGGCCCUCCAGUGCAGGGAACAGGCCAUCUCCAAAACAGGCCAAGUGGCACAACCUCUACCAGAAGAUUGAGAAGUGUCCCAUGAUGCUGCGUGGGCAGACCUUAAUGUUAGGGAUAGCCCAGACAUGUACCUGUGGCUUUCACUCCCAGCAGUCUGUGAGAAGCCCUGCAGCUACCUCUGCCUCCACCUCUGCUGCGCCUGCACGGAGCCCUGGGAGGCCUGCAUUGACGCUGGCGAUGUUUGAGAAAGCGCGGUUUGGUGGGACUUUGUCUGCUGCAGCCAAGCCGAAUGUCAAUCUGACCAGGAGGCCUGUUGAGCGUCCCUCCAGCCCUGCCACUGUCCCGUCUGGGAGAAGCACUCCAUCCGCUACCCCACCUCGAGUGACGCCCCCUUCCAGUCCCAGAUUCUACAGGCCUGUCUCCCCUUUCUCUCUGCCUCCAUCCAGCCCCAUCAUGUCGGCGGCGAGGACCAGCUCUUCUCCUCUGGUUGAAUCAGAUACGAGUCCUGCUCCUCCAGGUCUCCUCCCUGCUCCUCCAGGUCUCCUCCCUGCUCCUCCAGGUCUCCUCCCUGCUCCUCCAGGUCCCCUCCCUGCUCCUCCUGGUCCCCUCCCUGCUCCUCCUCUUGCUGCUCAGUUCUGGCUGCCGGUGGAAAUGAGGAAGACCAUUCCCCAGCAGGACCAGCGCUGGAUUGCAUCCACGCUGUGGAGGAACCAGCGGCUGCGACCGGACGUCCAGCUCUGGUAUGAGCCACCUGUUCCUGCCCUCAUCUACAACCAGGUCCCAUCACCAGACCGCUUUUUUAUGCACCGGCUCCUCGUGUGGAUGCCCUACCACCUGUGGAAGGCAAUAUUUGAUCACACUAAACCCCAUCAAUAUUAG